AAACGGCGAUUGGCAAACAGCUGUGAUUUCUGGACGCUGGCCAACACUCUCUUUUGUAUACGCGUAAAAUCGCGCAGAUUUUUGUUGUGCUGUGGAAUGUUUUAUAAAAGUGAUAAUUAGGCGAGGGAGAUCAUGUAAAACUGGGCGUAACCCACAAAAGCUAAAUGCACCCGCACCCGUCCGCAGGUUGAAUCCUUUUUCCGCACUCCUGCUCUUGCUAAUGCACUUUUCCGUUUGCGCAGUAACUUUUCACUCGGAGGAUGUACUAUCCAGUGGGCUGGCCCAAGCGGGUGGGCCUGGCGCUGCCCGGCGAAAGCGCCAGCAUCCGGCACAUCUGCUGCGACGCAGUCAAAAUACUCGUAGCCGCUGUGGGCGACGGCUUCCUGGGCAUCUGGUACGCGAAUCCGCUCAUUCCCAUCGCCUUCUUCCGGCGGACGGAGGACUCCCUUCGCCAGUACGGGGCCAACCAGCUGAUCGUAUGGAAGCCGGACUCUCGGCAGCUUGCCCUACUUACCGCGUCCGGUGCCCUGCUGUUGUACCAACUGGACUUCGAUGCCAACGGCAGUGGAAUACUCCAGCAGGUAGAUCCGCCUGCCGCGAGCCUCAAACGCGAAUCCGCAGAGCUGUUCAUCAAGGAGAACAUACCCCGGCUGAGCUUACGCGAACUGUGCAGCGUCACCUUGGGCUCCGUCAUCACCACUGUGUGCUGCAUUAGCCUCAGCGAAUUGCUCUUGGCCACCCAGUCUUGCGAGCUGCUGCGUCUGCAAUGGACGGAACUAGAACACGCAGAGAACGACCUAGAACUGCCAGCUCUAUCUGCAAUUAAGCUGCGCGACAUUCCCUUCUACGUGCAGCAGCAGCCACAGCAGUCGUCCGCCCGGAAUGUGCCGCCCCUGAGCAGGGACUCGUACGUAGCCUCGCUGGAAUAUUCGCCGUUCAUCGGUGGCUGUGCAGCCGUCUUCAGCGACCGACGUGCCGCCUUCCUGAUUGCCAACCAUCUGAGAUUUGAGACCGAUCACAUGCACGGCUUCUGGGUGCCGGAUGUGGAGGAUGCGAGUGUCUGCAGUGUCAAUCACAAAUUCCGACUGUUGGCCUAUGGUCAAGAGAGCUCGGCUGUGAAUGUGUACGCAAUUGAUGACGCCAGCGGGGGAUUAGAGUUUUCGCAUCGCCUUAUGCUCACAGAAAAUGUACUCCCAGGCAGCCUAGGUUCGGUAAACGAGCUGAAGUGGAGCCCUGACGGCUGCGUCCUCGCCGUGAGUUGGAAAAAUGGCGGCCUGUCUCUAUGGAGCACAUUCGGAGCAUUGCUAAUGUCUACUCUGAGCUGGGAUUUCGGCCUUAACGUAGAUUUAGUUCGCGAAAAUCCACUCAAGCUCCGUCGACUCGAAUGGUCAACCGAGGGCUAUCAGCUUUUCAUGCUAAAACAGCAUCCGGAAAAAGACAAAAGCAAUGUCCUUCAGCUGCAGUUUGUGAAGAGCGCUCUGAGUAUGAAUCCCUGCAUGACGACGAGUCCGCACAUCCUGCUGCAGGGUGACGACUGCCUGUAUCUCAACCAGGGCAACAAUCUGGAGCUGACUUAUGCCGGAAGCCAUGGAACGUUUCCAUCGAGCGGCGUGGGCUCUGAUGAAGGCAUUUCCGGCGAUGGCGACUGCCUGGAGUUAAAACAAAGCCCCCACACAGGCAGCAUUCUUACGGAGAGUAAGUAUUGGACAGUAUUGCAGCUGCCGCUCAACUACGCGGCCACCAACUGGCCAAUCCGAUAUGCUGCUAUCGAUCCCGACGGACUCCACUUGGCGGUGGCUGGUCGCACUGGACUGGCGCACUAUUCCCUAGUGACUCGGCGAUGGAAGCUUUUUGGCAAUGAGUCGCAGGAGAAGGACUUCGUUGUUUCCGGCGGCCUGCUCUGGUGGCACGGUUUUGUAGUCAUGGGCUGCUACUCGCUUCUGGACCGCACGGAUGAGUUGCGUUGCUAUCCGGCAGAUUGCAAGCUAGACAAUCAAUACGGACACAAGCUGCAGGUGCGAGCCCCAGUCAUUAGCCUGAACUCAUUCCGACACCAGUUGAUUGUACUCACUGCCGAUGGAAUAGUCAGCCUGUUUAAUAUGUCGAAGAACUCCGCCUACGCUCUGGAUAUUGAGUGCGCCUAUGAAUUGGACGUGAAGAGCAUUUGCAUCCACCCUGCCUGCAUUGUUAGUCUGACCGUGACUAAUCUUAAGAAUGAGCUAAAACCCCAGGGACAGCUGGGUGGAGAUCAGGCAGAGACUAUCAUCGUGAAUGUAUGUGGCCGCAUAUUGAUGAUACAGCGCGAUGCCGGCGAACAGGUCCCAAACACCUUGCUGGCCACGUGCCUGGCCAGCUGCGUUGAGGUCUUCUGGCUGUCACACUCCCUGGAACGCUGUGCGAUGCGGGACUGCCUUUGGCUAUACUCGGGGGCCCACGGAAUGCGUGUAUGGCUUCCAAUUCUGCCGCCGGGAAGGGAGCGUCGCGAAGGAGAGCAGGGCGGCGCUCAACGUUUGCACAGUUUUAUGUCAAAGCGAAUCAUGCUGAGCUUUCCGCUGAAGCUUUAUCCACUGGUCGUGCUCUUUGACAAUGUGAUCGUACUGGGGGUUGAGAACGAAAGCACGCUUUACGUCAAUGAGCAGGGCUCCCACUUCUCUCUGCCGUUCGCCGUGAUGGAACGCAAGUCGCAGAUCUAUCUGCACAAGGUGCUUCGCCAGCUGAUCAAGCGCAACCUGGGAUACUCCGCCUGGGAAAUGGCACAGUCGUGUUGCUCGCUGCCAUAUUUCCCGCAUGCCCUGGAACUGCUCCUACACGAGGUUCUUGAGGAAGAGGCAACCAGCAAACAGCCCAUUCCGGAUGCACAGCUGCCCAGUAUUCUGGACUUUAUAAGGGAGUUCCCUGUCUACUUGGAAACAAUUGUUCAAUGUGCCCGCAAAACGGAGAUCGCCCUGUGGCCGUACCUAUUUUCGAUGGCUGGCAAGCCGAAGGACUUAUUCCAGAUGUGUUUGCAGUCGGAACAGCUAGACACGGCUGCGAGCUACUUGAUAAUUCUUCAGAAUCUGGAACCCUCGGUUGUUAGCAAACAAUAUGCCACCAUGCUGCUGGACAUUGCUCUGCAGCAGCGAAAGUGGGAGCUGGCCAAGGAUUUGAUCCGGUUCUUAAAGGCUAUAGAUCCCAAUGAGAUCGACUCGCCGCGGUCGUCGAUGGUGGUGAAUGUGAAAAUUGCUCCGCCUCCCCAGGUGAAUACACAGCAACAAGUGAAUCAAAAUGCGGAUGCCUUUAACAUGGUUCUGGGCCCCAUUGCCAGGGAGAGAAGUUUCUCCACCACCGUGACUAGCAAUCUGCCCAAAGAUAAGCAGGCAUCUGCGACUCCAGGAGUUGCACCUGUGACCGAAAGCAGCAGCUCAGGAGCACCCUCGGUGGUGCGUCGGCGGUCGACUAAGCAGCGAGAGACGUUUUGCAUCGAUCUGAUACUGCAGCGCCAUGCUCGACAACUACUUCAGAACCACAAACUAAUGGAUCUGGGCUACAUGUGCGCCUAUCUGGACUUUCACCUUGUCAGCUGGCUUUCACAGGAAUCGGAGCGGGCAGCCAAGCUGGAUGAUUUCGCUGGUGCUCUGCAGGUGCUACACGAAGAACUAGAGCUCCCCACUCCAUUUCCGACUCCGGUGAAGGACGACUUUGCUCAGUUACGCGGAAGUCUUCGACAGACAGGAGGUGGUGGAUCCUCGCAGACGUCGGAAUCUGGCUAUUUCAGCUUGGCCACGCCCAAUGGAGCCGCAACACAGUCGCCUCAGCUGCAGCCAAGCAUUAGGGAAGAAGAGGAAGAACUGCAGCAGCCCAGCUCCCUACCAAUACUUAAGACGCGGUCUGGAUCGCAACUGUCGUUCGACAACUUUCGCUACCGCCGGCUGUACUCGCUUCCGGCAUCAGAAGACGACCUAGCCGUGGACAUGCUGCCUCAGAAACUGUCCAUCAAGCUGCGUUACUUGUUGCAGCUGUUCAUCGAGGCGAACUGCACGGACUAUGCGUUGGUGCUUUCGAUUUUGCUCCAGGACGCCGCGUCCAUCUCGCGGAUUGUCAACGGCAUUAUCCGGAGCGAAUCGGUUCACAUCUGUCAGCGCACGGAAUCUGCGCUCAAGCAAUUAAGUCAGAGCACCUUUGAACACAGCGGAUCUUUGUACCGAGGGUUUGUUCUCACCUUGCAGCCGCAUGUCUACCUGCUGGAACAGUACAUACAGUCUUUGGGGGACGUCACCUGCUCGCCGCUCCAAGAUGCCAGCCCGGGCACCGAGCAGAGCGUGGACGUUGCCACAGGACUGCAGGGACUGCAGAACGAAGAGGGCGAAUUCGUGCCAAGUUCGCAGCAGGCAAACGGAAACCAAUGGACCGUGGCGGAUCUUAACCCGAAUCACCAGCGGCUCACGCGGCACGCAAGUGUAGAGUCCAACGGGAACGCAGCGGUGGCUAGCGGUUCCUCCUCCCAAUCAACGCCCACCCAGCGCCAGCUGCCGUCGCAGAACGGCCGCGAGCGGGAAGGCUGUCGCCUCAUGUAACGCGCUAGCAGUUAGCCGACUACGAGAGGCGUGAUCCGUACUCCACAUACUCAGCGCAUGAACGUAGAUACGUACUUUUUUGUAGGUCCGUGGGUUAGGCGUUUCGUUGCUGUAACUCGUUGUUAAAAUUUUCCGUUAGUUGUAAGCCAGCCACACUCACACAGGGUUAGAAAAAGACCGGAUGGAAACUCUCACGCAAACAACGAAGCGUCGUCGGCUGAACAACAGAAUCCGUAAAACCGUAUGAAGCAUACGCAACGUAAUCCAUAAUUUAGUAGAUGAAAUUUGCUGCAAUAUUUGUUAAUUAAAAUUAUACAAACAAUAUACUUAAAUAUACAAAUCAAAUACAAUUAUAUUUUUACUAAUAAAUGAAACCAUUUAACAAAACAA